GAUCAAAACAACAAUCGUUCGAGUAAAAUUAAAAUAAAAAAUAACAGUGAUCAACGGAAAUUUACACGUAAUUUUUUACAAUUAGAUUAUGCCUGAAUACUUUAAAUCGCGGUGUACAUAGCUAUGGCAGCCACAAGAAAGUUGCAAGGUGAAAUAGACAAGUGUCUAAAAAAAGUAGCGGAAGGCGUGGAAACAUUUGAAGAUAUUUGGCAGAAAGUGCACAAUGCCACGAACAGUAACCAAAAGGAAAAAUAUGAAGGUGAUCUCAAAAAGGAAAUCAAAAAGCUGCAGAGGCUGCGUGAGCAGAUCAAGUCAUGGAUCGCAUCUGCCGAAAUCAAGGACAAAAGUGCUCUACUUGAGAAUCGACGUCUAAUAGAAACUCAAAUGGAACGAUUCAAAGUAGUAGAGCGAGCGACGAAGACAAAAGCAUACUCAAAGGAAGGUCUGGGUGCGGCGCAAAAACUCGAUCCGGCGCAACGCGAAAAGGAAGAUCUCUGUUGUUGGCUAACGUCAUCGAUAACGUCGUUGCAGCUGCAACAGGAUCAGUACGAGAGCGAAGUGGAGUCCAUAAUGGCGGCGAAAAAGAAACGACUGGACAAGGACAAGCAGGAUAAGGUUGACGAUCUGAAGUCGAAGUUGGAACGACAUAAAUUCCAUAUAACCAAACUCGAGACGCUGCUCCGACUCGUGGACAACGAUCAAGUGGAUCUGGAUCAGGUGAAAAAGAUCAAGGACGAUGUCGAGUAUUACAUUGAGUCAUCGCAGGAGCCUGACUUUGAGGAAAACGAAUAUCUGUACGACGAUAUCAUUGGCUUGGAUGAAAUUGAAUUAUCUGGCACAGAACAUCGGUCUGCUGGUACUACGGACAGUAAUAACAGUAAUGACACAGCUGGCGGUUCACCAAGUAGUCUUAUCUCAAAUUCGUCGCCUGUAACAUCGCCGACACUGAAUUGCAGUACAAUAACGGCAGCCCUGAAUCACAGCGGAGCAGAUUCAACAACGAGCACCAACACGGAUGCGGAAACGCAGAAACGGAAUGCGAAGAAUAAUGAUUCCAAUAGUACGAAAGUGACGCCUGUGAAACCGACUCCAAUGCGUGCCGGCAACAAAUUUUCUGAUGCAGUCUCGCCAGCAACCUCAUCAUCUAAUUCGUCCUCGCAACAGAAAUCGGGUGGCAAUAACACGAUAACGAACAAAAUAAUUGGAGGUAACGCAACAACGCUCGCGUCUCUGAGUGCAGCUGCAGCUGGAAUUACAUCGCCCUCAACAAUUCCAUCAACGGCACCUAUCGCAUUUGCCGCCGUGGCAAAACAAACUCUUGAAAACGGACCGAUAACGCUACAAUCAACGCAACAGUCAAUUUCAUCUGUGGUUAGCUCGUCUGCAAAUUCAACAUCACAAAAUAAUUCAGUGAUAAUGCAUAACAAUAGCAACGCAGAUUCGAACCAUCAUGGAAACUCUGCGAUGAAUAAUUGUGUGUCGCCGAGCAAUUCGGGCGUAAGCAGUAGGACAUCGCCAUCGCUGACCUCUCCUCUGACUGCGACGCAUUUAGUAAACGGACCCACUUCAAAUCUUGUUAACAAUAAAAGUAACAAUAUUCCAUUACAACAUCAGCAGCAACAGCAGUCUGUGACGCAAUCCGGUGAAAAAAUGUCUACGCUUAAGACGAUAGCCCAGGAGGCGGUAAAUGCGCUAGAUUCGAAUGCGACGAACGACAUGAAUGCGCAACAACCGUCAUCGGGCACAGCACAGACGCCCGUCAAUACACCGAGCCAUCUGCAACAAUCGACACCUCAGCCCGCUGACACGAGACAAGGCGCGUCGGCAGCAAGCAUUGUCGGCGGUUCAGGCGUUCAGGGAGGCUAUGCGAUCGACUCUACUGCCACAAAUGGACCUAAUUCCGUUGUCGGGGGCACGUCAUCGGGACGCGAAAGUGCAAAACAACUGCAUCAAUCGUCAUCCGCGACGUCAAAUCAAAAUCAGGCUGCGACAAAUGAAGCGCAUAUUCCUCCGCUGUUAGGAGUUGCUCCGCUCGGGCAGUUAACGCUGCAGAAAGAACAUCAAAUUCAAUUCCAACUUAUGGAAGCGUCAUUUUAUCAUUUGCCCCAGCCUUGUGAUUCUGAGAGAUUAAGGAAUUAUUUGCAAAGACAGCCUGUACAAACACCGCCACAUUAUCCGCAGCAACAACUUCCACAUUCGGACACCUUUGAAUUCUUUCAACGCUUGUCCACGGAAACGCUUUUCUUCAUUUUCUACUAUAUGGAGGGCACGAAGGCCCAGUAUCUCGCCGCCAAGGCGCUGAAAAAGCAGAGUUGGAGAUUUCAUACAAAGUAUAUGAUGUGGUUUCAGCGACACGAGGAGCCCAAAGUAAUUAAUGAGGAAUACGAACAGGGAACUUACAUCUAUUUUGAUUACGAAAAAUGGGGUCAACGCAAAAAGGAAGGUUUUACAUUUGAAUACAAGUACUUAGAAGAUCGGGACCUGAAUUGAUUGCAAUUGUAAAUCAACAACACAUACAAUUAAAAUCAGCCCAUAAACAUCCGAAAGUAUCACAUUCAUGUCAAAAACAAAAGAAAAAAAAAACGCAAAAAGCAACAACAAUUGAGUUAAUUCCCAAUUAAUUAUUUCUUCAACAUAUAAAAAAAUGCAUCUGUAUAAAAAAAAUUAUCAUUAAAAAAUAUUACUACUGUAGUGAAAAAAAAUCAACAAAAUUAGUUAAAAACUGUCUGUGUUGGUAAUUUGUCCUUCUAGCUAGAUAGAACUCGAUUUUUUCCUCGUAGUUCUAAAACGAAA